CACAUACAAAAACCACAUCUGAGUUACCAUAUAUGAUCUAAGAUAUAUUGAACUAUGGUUCACCGCUAGUUUGAUAAAGCCGUCAACGAAACGUCUGUAAAACCAAUACUGUUUUGUUUAUCAUUCACUGUGAAAUAUAAAAUGCUUUAUAACAAGGAAAUUACACUGUUUAAAUUGAAUCUGGUGACAAUUGAAAUUAAUUCCAAAAUCCUCACAAAUCCUUUAGUCUGAAUACCAAUCUCCAGCUCACUGAUGACUACAGGGUAGAUUUUCUGAAGCUGCAGUGAUAAGCCGUCACCAGUCAGGUAGACUAUUUCAACACGAAGUGGAUGCUCAUCUAAGGUACUGGUGAAGGCAGUGCUAUAUCAUGAAUCCACAAAGCUAGAAUUCACGUGUCACUGCAUUCCAACCCAAUCGGCUAAAUGAUCACCUGCAGGUUAUGGUUCCGAUUCCUGGUGGAAUCUUAGGAGAACACUGAUGAAGAUUUCAGAAAUAGGGGGAAACAGCUGUCUGGCGAUCCCUGGUUUUCAGCGAUCUAUCUAACUGAUGUUGGUCCGUGACGAAAAUCUAACAACUCAAAUAAAUCUGAUGACUUGACUUUAAAAGGGGUUCUGAUAACUAUGUAAAGCUGUUGUAUCUACGGCUGUAAAGUUUCAGAAACAUGAUGAUUACGGUUCGUAACAUUUUUUAAAUGACUAUUAAAUUAUACCAUGUGUUGAAGUGUUAUUCACAGGGACUAAUUUUACCGUAAACGGCAAAGACGAGAACAGACCGUAUAAAAAUGCAAUUCUUCGCUUCUUUCUAUAACUCUCCAUACAUGAAUUAUCGAAAAUCAAAGGGAAUUAAACUUAUGUUCAGCCAUUUGAGCAGGAAUUUAGUGACCCGUGAAUUCCAACCUCUAUCAUUACGCCAUGCUGAGCCAUUAAUAAGCAGCCGUUUCAUACUGGCAUGGUGGAUCCCACCGGUUACAACUUCUCAUGAGAACUUCAGAACAUCCAUUCAGCACCCACUAAUGUGUUGGAGAUAGAUUAUAAGUUAAUCGGUUUUGUAGGAUGGUUUGAUUGAUUUCAUUGCAGACGGCUACUUCAUUUACCUACAUUUGGUCUGCCUUUCGGGAGAUUAGGUGAAAUAGUAUGCUGGAUCGAAGACAAAUCGUUAAAAAAAUUUUAAGACGCUUACCACGAUCGACGUAUCAUUUGUUGUCGGAGGUGCACAAGCUGCUCGUCAACUUGUAACAUUGAUCAAAAGUAUCCUUAUUCAUCGAAACUGGCAAGGUCAAGAGGAAUCAUUUAAGCCGUCUACAAAAAUGACAAUACCUCAGUCGAAUUCAUUAUUGCAAUCCACUAAGAAUAAAGAAGAAAUAUCAUUAGUCAACCGAGGCAGUGGUAAAAGCUGUUACCUUACUAAUAUCAAUUUACAUUUACUAACUGAUUAUCUGGCUUAUAGAAGUCUCAGUGUCUUAUUUAAAACAUGGAGUAUACCCAACAUCAAUGUAUACUACUACCAUCUGGAGGAAUAUGUGAAUAAAGUAUCAUGGAUACCAAGUACACAUUAUUCUGGGAUAUUUGGUUUAUCAAAAUUACUUAUCCCAGACAUUCUACCAGAUUCUGUUAAAAAAGUGAUUAGUCUUGAUAUUGAUCUGUUAGUAAAUUCGGAUCUUUUGGAACUUUGGAAGUACUUUGAUAAGUUCAACUCGUCCCAGAUGAUCGGAUUAGUUGCAAAUCAAAGUCCAUGGUAUUUAAGAAAGGCCAAUAGAGUCGUGUGGCCUGCAUGGAAAUCGGGUUACAACACCGGUGUUAUGUUGUUGCACCUUGAUCGUCUCAGAAAAUUUCAUUGGUCAGAACACUGGAAUAGAACAACAAAAUCUGCAUUGUUACGUAUAUCUCAUGCAAGUUUAGCAGACCAGGAUAUAAUUAAUACCGCAUUGAUAAGAUAUCCCUCAAGUAUUUAUGAGUUACCGUGUGAAUGGAAUGUACAACUCACUUCUAAUAUGAACACAAAAUUAUGUCAAAUUAUUUGGUUUGACGAGUAUUUCAGUAACCCGACAGAAGGUGUCACUCUAUACAAAUUUAACCGUCAGUUAAAAAUUGCUCAUUUUAAUCAUCCAAUCAAAGCAGAUAUGAUUACAAUGAGUGAAAUUGCCGACGAUGAUCCAUUGCGCCUUAAGCUGAAGAGACAAUUCGUUAGAAUGUACCGUUAUUAUCAAAAUCUUGAUGGAGUUUUGGUGAGAUCACCUAUAAAACCAACAACCUGUUCAACAUUCCCUGACUACACUUCGUCUUUUCAAAAGUAUAAUGAAAUGAAUUCGGAAAAGAUUACAAUUGAAGGUUGUGAAGAAUUUCAAGAGGAUAUGAACGUGAAGCAUAGAAUACAUCCAUACUUUUUGCAUCAUAAUAUUUUAAAUGUGACAAGUUUGAAUAAAGAUAAUAUAACAAAUAUUGAAAAUAGUAUCAGCCUUGUUUCUCAACUCACUUUCGAUAGGAUACAUCGACUUGAAGAGCUUGCAGUCAAUUGGUUAGGACCAAUAAGUUUGGCGUUAUAUCUAACUGACAGGGAAGCAGCAUUGUUAGUGGAAUUUAUUACCAAUUCUAGAAUUUUACAAAAUCGUACAAAUAUUGGUUAUCAUGUUGUCUAUGUGGAUGGGAAAUUUUAUCCUAUAAACACAUUACGUAAUAUCGCAAUAAAAUACUGUACAACAGAAUUUAUUUUUCAUAUUGAUAUUGAUUUCUUACCGCAAGCCAACAUGAUGCAGUACAUUGGGAAUUCUAUUCAACAGCAUUUAAUUCAGGAUAAUAAAUCAAAAAAUGUUUGUUUAGUGGUGCCUGCAUUUGAAACUUUUAAAAAUCAUUUAUCAUUACCAGAAACAAAGGAGACUUUGAUAAAGUCAUGGGAACUUGGUGAAAUUUUACCAUUUAGGCAUGAAAUAUGGUCAGCUGGUCAUAUGUCAACUAAUUAUUCUCAUUGGAAGUCAACGGAUAAUGAUUAUGAAGUGCAAUGGUCAGCUGAUUAUGAACCAUAUGUGAUUGUUUCACGAAAUGCAACAAAAUUUGAUGAAAAUUUCAUUGGAUUCGGUUGGAAUAAAGCUUCUUAUAUUAUGGCAUUAGAUGCACUGGGUUAUAAAUUCAUUGUUUUAGCCAGUUCAUUUCUUAUACACCUACCUCAUCCACCUAGUUUUGAAGUAUUUCGAUAUCGAAUGAACUCAGCGUAUAGAUCAUGUAUAGAUAAUUUGAAGCUGGAUUUUAUAAAGCGUUUAGCAAAGAAGCAUGGUGUACAAGCUUUGAAAUAUCUACAAUUUCGUAAAGAUUAACAAAGAGGUCAAACAUUAAUAAAAUGCAGCUAGGUAAACACCAGUUUAUUUACAACACAGAAAGGAACACUUCACUCUACCAUGGAUAACAUAAAUCCCCCGGUUAAAUAACAACUGAAAAGAAACAGAGGGAACAUGAGUUGUUGCAUUCAAGCCAUUUUGAAAUGAUAGUCGAAAUUUUCUUUUUUUUUUAUAGAACGACGGAUCGUUCAUUGAAGGCCAAAUAAAAAUUACUCUUUACUCCUACGGAAGCAUCCAGGAAGCUUCGUCGGACAGCUUCAUUGUACAUAGAGUUGUGUUAAGAUUAAAAUGAUAUUGUUAACAAACAGAUUAUAAACCUAGUCAAGCUCCCCUUUUUAAAUGGCACUUGGUACUUUACACUCAUUUCAUUUAUGAAGAAUAUAUGAUCAGAUCCUUUUCUUGUAAAGUGCUAUCUAUUGUACAGAAUAUCAGAGUGCCAAAAAAUUAUAAUAAUAAAUAAAAGAAUUAC